UGACGCUGCCCCCGCCUGUGACUCCUCACGCCCGGUUUAGCUGCUGAGUUGUGGCCGUUCCGAUCCAGAGACCCGGGUCAUCCAUGAGGCUGGAGGCCGCCGCCAGGAUGGAUCUGUUCAGGAAGCUGUGGAGGGCGAGGAAGCUGAUCCUGGUGGUGUUCAUCCCGCUGUCCCUGCUCCCGCUGCCGCUCAUCCACCCCACAAGCGAGGCCUGCUGCGCGUAUGUGCUGAUGGUGACAGCAGUCUACUGGGUGUCAGAGGCCGUUCCCUUGGGUGCUGCCGCUCUGGUCCCAGCCUUCCUCUACCCGCUGUUUGGAGUCCUGAAGUCCAGCGAGGUGGCAGCUGAGUACUGUAAAGACACCACUCUGCUGCUGAUGGGAGUCAUCUGCCUGGCAGCCUCCAUCGAGAAGUGGAACCUGCACAAACGCAUCGCUCUGCGCAUGGUGAUGAUCGCAGGGGCCAAGCCUGGCAUGUUGGUGCUGGGCUUCAUGUGCUGCACAGUGUUUCUGUCCAUGUGGCUCAGCAACACGUCCACCACAGCCAUGGUGAUGCCCAUAGCUGAGGCCGUCCUGCAGCAGCUCAUCUGCACCGGUCUGGCCGACAGCCACGAUGACUCCGAAACCGUAGAGGCCCCUGAGGAUGGCCGCGCUGUUUCAGACAAACAAGACAACCUGGAUAAGAACCAGUUAGAGCUGCUCUACCGCAACAACAGCAGUGACUGCAACAAACAGGAGCUUUCUACACUGAGUGAGGUCCAGACUGGGGAGAUAAUUGGUUUGGGUCUUAGGCCAGUCUCCAACCAGGACUUCAUCCAACACACCAAUGGACACCUGCCGCAGGUUGCGAUCGAAAUCCCAAAUGUGAAGCGGGUGAAAACCAGGAGAGACUCCCAGUAUCCCACCAAGAGGGAUCACAUGAUCUGUAAAUGCCUGUCGCUCAGCAUCACCUACGCUGCGACCAUCGGAGGACUCAUCACCAUCACCGGCACGUCCACCAACCUCAUCUUUGCUGAGCAGUUUAACACUCGUUAUCCAGAUGCAAAGGUGAUCAACUUCGGAACAUGGUUCAUCUUCAGCUUCCCCAUCGCCAUCAUCAUGCUGGUCCUCACCUGGCUGUGGUUGCACUUCCUCUUCCUUGGCUGCAACUUCAGAGAAACUUGCUCGCUGAGUAAGAAACGCAAAACCAGGAGAGAGAUGCUGUCGGAGAAGAGGAUUCACGAGGAAUACACAAAACUGGGACCCAUCAGCUACCCAGAGGUGGUGACCGGUGUUUUCUUCAUCCUGAUGACUCUGCUGUGGUUCACCAGAGAACCAGGUUUCGUGCCUGGCUGGACGUCUCUCUUUGAGAAGAAAGGCUACAGGACCGAUGCCACAGUGUCUGUCCUUCUUGGCUUCCUGCUCUUCCUCAUCCCUGCCAGGCGACCCUUCUCCUCCUCCUCCUCCUCCUCCAGCUAUAGAAACACAGUUGAUUAUUCAGAGUCUGACCCUCUGGCUCCCAUGAUCACCUGGAAGGACUUUCAGAGACUGAUGCCGUGGGAGAUCGUCAUCCUGGUGGGAGGAGGCUAUGCACUGGCCGCUGGUUGUAAGGUGUCGGGCCUGUCGGUGUGGAUCGGCAGACAGCUGGAGCCCAUGAGUGGCCUUCCUCCCUGGGCCGUCACCCUGCUGGCCUGCCUGCUGGUGUCGGCGGUCACUGAGUUUGCCUCCAACCCGGCAACUCUCACCGUCUUCCUGCCCAUCCUGUCUGCCCUGUCGGAGACUCUGCAGAUCAACCCGCUGCACACUUUGAUCCCGUCCACCAUGUGCGUGUCAUUUGGGGUCAUGCUUCCAGUCGGGAACCCCCCCAACGCCAUCGUAUUCAGUUACGGCCACGUGCAGAUCAGCGACAUGGUGAAAGCAGGCUUCGGGGUGAACCUGAUCGGCGUGGCGGUGGUAAUGUUGGCCAUAACCACGUGGGGCGCUCCCCUCUUCAACCUGACCGAGUUCCCAGCCUGGGCAGUGGCCAGGAAUGUCACCGGGAGCUUAUAACCACCGGUGUGAUGAUGGGGCCUACAUGGGAAGAAGAGGGGGAUCAAUCAGUGAGAGACAGAAAGAGAGAGAGAUUUGAUGAGAGAAUGGCACAUGUUGUGCCGAGAGGAUGGUCUCACUCAGAGUUUAGCCCCUUCUUAGACCGAUUAGACGGGACAUGGACAGAGGGAAGGAGGAGAGGAAAAGGAGAGAUAAAAACACUACGCUAUUCUUAGAUUUCAAAAUUAGAAAUACAUUUUUAUCCAUAAGCUGGUGUCACAAGGAAUGCAUUACGUGAAACUUGCCACUAGGUGGAGCUCUGACCUCCAGCAAAAACUUUUCUUUACCCUCCAUUAAUCUUUGAUGGCAAUCCUGCUCUCAGCGAAUCACUGAGGAGAUCUAGGAGUUGAUCAAGAAGUGUUAUUUGUAACUGAUUUAGUGAUUUAUGAUAGGAAAAUGAUAAGUAAUCUUUAUGGCUGCCUGGAAAGUGUUUUGGAGCCACUUCAUGCCUUCCUCUGUGGAGUCGUUUUGGUAGAAAUAAGCCAAAUGGCCUUGCACAAGCUUCUUUUCACUGUGUGCUUGCUGAACUCCUGCUGCACUUAAAUGUAUUGAUGUUUAACCAGAUCACACAAUUGGUGGACUGAGGUUACAGUGUUAAAAAAAGAGCUGAGUGCGACACUGAAAGAAGAUAAAUGCAUGAAAAGGGUGUUUUGAUGUGGCUGCUUUUAUACAGUCUCCAGUAUCUUUUCAUUAGAGUCUAUAUGAUUGGUAUCUAUAGAGAUAAAAGCUUGUGUAUAUUCAGCUACAAACUGAAACCAACUGCAAGCAAAUACAGUCCAUAGAUGUCUGUAGCUGCUAUUUACGUUUUUAGUUGGAAAUCUGUGUCUCCUAAUAUCAGACCGAUGUGUUUACCAAAGCUGAUUCUUCUUCACUGUCAUACUGUGAACAUAGAUAUGCUCCACAGCUUGUUACCAGAUGCCUGUGAUGCAAUUGCAACAUGAAUGUCUCCUGUGGGAAUUCAACCUCUCACUGUGUUAGUGCCUUGCUGUGCCUGCGGAGCAGUGCAAGAACCAAGGAAUGGUUCACUGCCAUCCUCCUUAAAUUGUGGAGAGCGAUACAAUGCUUUUUUCUUUGAGCUAUAUAGCUGUUGGCUGUCGGCCAUAGGAAGUCUGGGGUUGGUUGCCUUAUUACAGUAAAAUGCAUUUUAUUUUGACUGGAUUUCUGAGCUUUCCUGUGCCUCUGAAGCAUAUUAUUUUUCUUAUGUUUCAGUUUGGAAGGCUGAAGAGGUUAGAUACACUCCUGCCAUUAUUGUUUGUAUGCAGCAGGGUUUGACUCUUCCUGUUUUUGUCAGACACUGCUUUUCAAUGAGACGAUAAAGUCAUGAAAUCUGAGAAAAUGUCCUGAGUAAUGCCCAUGUAAUGAUAUUUAUCAAUGAAAAGGAAGUUCUGCAUUUGCCUGUUGCAGAAAACACGUUAACACACCUUUUAUCAAACAUCAAUAGCUUGAAUAAUUGUCACAAAAACAUUUUUUUUUAUGAAAUGCAGGGCAAAUCUGGUUUGAAUUUUUUCCCCCUUGGAAGUGUUACUUUUCCUCAGGCAGAUUUGGGAACCUGCAGAAUCUUUGCAAGUUCCGAGUUGUAUUGAAUGCAGAGUCCAAAGUAUUUAGAGCGAGUGAGCACAGGGUUGUGAGGUGCAGCCGUUUCUCCAAUCAGCCAUCACAUCCCAGUAACUGUGCUCUGUCGAUGAAAAGGUUUUGCACAUAACAUUUGCUGUACUGUGCAAAAAAAUGUCAAAGAAAUGCUUGAUACUGUAUUUUUACACAAAUCUUAUUUUAUUUUAUUAUAACUGUAGGCAGAAUCAGAAGCCUACAUUUUUCUUUUGUAAUUUAUUCAGUUCUGCUGAAGGUUUCAUACAUCUCGGUGGUGUUGCAGCGGUGAUCUUUGACCCAGCGCCCACACUUCUUUGUAAAUACAUACAGAUUUGUAAUAUAAAGAUAACGUGCCUUCGACUGUUUCUAAAUGAGUUGUUAUAUUCCUAAAUUAUGUGUUAAACCUUGAUGUCUCAUUUGUAUCCAUCUCAGAGACUCCAUUUAGGAUGAUACAACAUUAUGCAUGUACAACAACAAUAAAACAAAAAUCACAUAAAA